GGGACCGGUCAGGAGGCCAGGAAGAGCCCACUGCUGCUGAGAAGAGGAACUGAUAAAGCAUUAGUAGGUAGAGCCACGAGAGAAACUUCUACUGGACAUGGAAACACUUCCUUCCGCUUAGUUUUAAAUCUGCUGCUGACAGUGAUUUCUGACACACUGCAGUGAACUUUGGUGCUCAUUAUUAGUUUGUGUGUUCAAAUCCUGUCGAGCAGCAGGACAGUUCAGUGCAAAGGGAAUCACUGCAUGAGAGAGAGGGAGCCUCUCUAAAAGCACUUCAUUUAGCGCCAUAGUUUAGAUGUAACAUCUGUAGGCAUCUGGAGCAGUCCUGGUCUCUCUCUGGGUGUGUUUUUGUGCAGAGACUCUCUGGGUUGAAGUCGCCCACCACCGAUGGACCCGAUGGACUGGCUGGAGAAGGACGAUCUGCUGCGGUUCUUCCACCGUCAUAAAACCGAGAUGUCCUUAAUGGAGAACCCGCACACGUUCCUCAACCAGCUGCGGGACCACGACCUGGUCCCAGAGGACCACUACAAGAAGGUGAGUCGUAUGAAGAGUAAAGACAACAUUAAGAACGGUCUUUAUGGGAUUCUGGACUGGUUGGAGAAAGAACGAUCAAAGAGCAUCAAAGAUUUCUGGAGGUGUGUCUUCAGGGAGCCCAUCCUGCACCAGUACCCAACCCUGCGAGAGCUGCGCAACAGUCUCAUGGACGGGUCUUUCCAUUUUGAGACACAAGAGCCCGAGACGGUGGAAACGGAAGAGACGGACGAGGGGAAAAGGAAGGAUCUUUCAGAUGACGAGGAGGGGGAGGAGAAUCAAGCGAGCUCAGUGAAAAAGAAGAUGAAACUGAGAAGUGAAAAGAGCGUGUGCGAUGAUGAGGAAGAGCAGGCCGGUCCAUCAUCUCGCUCGUCUCCAAGGAAAAAGUCCAAAAAAAUAUCCUUCUCCUCUCCACUGAAGAAGGGAGAGAAGAACGACAUUUGGACCUGGACCAUGUUUAAGCACCAGCUCCCUGUGACCUGUGGACAAAAGGAGGGGUCACUGAACAGAGACAGACUGGCUAAAGGGGAGAAGUGCAUUGCGGUCGGGAAACAGUGGUUUACUCCCAAUGAAUUUCAGACGUUUGCGGGAAGGAAGAGCUGCAAGAACUGGAAGUGGAGCAUUCGAUGUCAGGGCAUCUCCCUGGGAAAACUUAUAAAGGAAGGUCACCUGAAAGCAGCAAAUUACAAGAGAGGGUGUAAAAAGGCCAAGAAAUCACUGUUCCCUUCUGGUGAUGUAGUUACAGUGUCUGAGGAAGAAGAAGAUAAAGAUGAAGAUGAAGAUGAGGACUGUGAUCAGGACAAGGAAGACCAGGUUUCCUCAAGCAGCAAAGAAAGUUCCACGGCUGUCGCAGAUGAAGAAGGAGAGGAACAGCCUGAGCAGCAGCCACAAGCCAGCAGUGACAGCGGCAGGAAGGUGUUCAAAGUCACAUGUGGAGCUUUAGCAGGGACCUUACACAAGAAACGAUUUGCAUCAGGCACUCGUGGGAAGAGUAUUCGUACUGAGACGAGCUGGAUGAGCCCGGAGGAGUUCAUCAAGAAGGCGUCAUGUCCGACAGAUGCCUCCUGGAGGAAAGACAUCAAGUACGAAGGGGAACCACUCAGUGUCCUCUUAGAGGCGAACAUCUUGAGUAUCGACUCACUGCUGUGUACCUGCAGAAAUUGCAAUCCAAGUGUUACCGACCUGGAGAGUCAGAAAAACGAUGACGAGUGCAGCAUCUGUAAAAUUGAAGAAGAAGAAGAAGAAGAGUUGGUGGUGUGCGAUUACUGCCCUCGCUCCUUCCACCAGAAAUGUCAUCUGCCUCAUGUAGAAGACACCAUUUUAGGGGACGAUAGUAUAUGGAUGUGUACGUUCUGUGUAUUCAGAACCUCCCGAGAGUGGCUUCACUGGGACGAGCUGGAAAGAGAAGCGGUCAUGUCUCGCCAAAUAUCCCAACAUGCUGGCAUGCUGCAAUGCCAGUAUCUCCUUCUGUAUCUGUCCAGCGCUGAUGAGGAACAAAUAUUUGCUUCAAACCCAUGCCUCUAUUUGCAGAACUACUCCAUGGUGAUCAAGACUCCGAUGUGGCUGGUUAACAUAGCAGACAAACUCCAGGAGCAACUCUACAAGACCGUUGGAGAGUUUGUGUCCGACGUCCAGCUUAUUUUCACCAACUGUGCUUCAUACAACCGAGACAAUGCUGAAUACCUCGCAGCCGGCAACAGACUGAAGGAGUUAUUUGACGGAGAAAUGAAGAGUGUGUUCAACAUCAGUGAAUAGAUAAACAGUGCUCAGUUUUCACACUCAGUAGGUACUGGGAAAAGGUUAGACAUGUGUAAGUAUCCCUUUUGACAUUUACCUCAUAUCUGGUUAAAAUAUUCCAAAAGAAAUAAUUGCUAAUCAAGAGAAGUUAAGAGACUUUUACUUUAAUUAUGACAACACAUUUCAAUAUUGUAUAAUUAUACUACAAUGCAUUAAAAAACAGAUUUUUCCUAUUAUUUAUCUGGUUUACUCACAGAGGGUGCGGUAUAACAAACUACUUGCAACUUUCUUUUUCAGUGUUAUAUAAUAGUUUUUCCUCAAUACAAGAAUUUUUACAAUGUGUGAUGAGGGUUUCAAAUGUAUGUAUUAUGAAUGUAUGUAUUGCAAAAGUCAGUAUUUGACUUUGUAUUGGUCUAAAGCAGUUUUCCAUCAUGCAAUAUAUCCAACAGGAUCUCCAUGUCACCACACAGUAUUUAAAGUACAAUUCAUUUGCGCUCUAUCUUUUUGUUUCGAUCCCUCUGACCUGUUGAUUGUGGACGUCUGUUUUUAAAAUAAAUUUAAAACAAAUACAAA